AUGGGAAACUGUUGGAGUCUUCAACCCUCAGCCGAUCGGCCACAUACAAAUACUGCAGCUGACACUAACAAUCAAUCAGGGAGACUUCCAUUUUCUUUUGGUCUCAGCAACUUAGGAUUGAUAGAAAAUGGCAAUUCCACUUCUCUUGGGCGUAGCAGCAACUCUGGAGGAAAUAGCAGACUAUUUAGUGGUAGUAAUAAUCACUCAACAGGAAAUAAUACAAGUGCAUCCUUUUGGGGCUCUGAGAAUAGCCAGAUCUGUCGAGUAAGAGAAGAUGAGGAGUUUCCUUAUGGGCAUCUCUUGGAUACUGCAAACUUGAAAGUUUUUACUUUGGCAGAACUGAAAGCAGCCACUAGAAAUUUUCGUCCAGAUACUUUAUUAGGAGAGGGUGGGUUUGGUAGAGUAUACAAGGGUUUGUUUAAGGAGAGAGCAACGUCAAAAAGAGACGAGGAUUCGACUAUUGCCAUAAAAAAACUGAAUUCUCACAGCACGCAAGGAUUUGUAGAAUGGCAGUCAGAGGUGAAUUUCUUAGGAAGGCUUUCUCAUCCCAACCUUGUAAAGCUGUUGGGAUUUGGGCGUGAGGAUGGUGAGUUAUUUCUGGUGUACGAAUUUUUGCACCGUGGAAGCUUGGACAACCACCUAUUUGGAAGAGGUUCAAAUGUUCGUCCACUUUCAUGGGACAGAAGGCUGAAAAUUAUGAUUGGAGCAGCUAGGGGACUAAAUUUCCUUCACUCCUUGGAGAAGAAAAUUAUAUACAGAGAUCUCAAACCCUCAAAUAUACUACUUGACAAGGGAUACACAGCCAAGUUGUCAGACUUUGGCUUGGCUAGAUCUGUUCCUUCUGAUGAUCGCACUCAUGUAUCAACACAGAUUGUGGGGACAUGUGGCUAUGCCGCCCCUGAGUACAUUGCCACAGGUCAUUUGUAUGUGAAAAGUGAUGUAUAUGGAUUUGGGAUUGUUUUGUUGGAGAUACUAACCGGUAAGCGGAUAGGCGAGAUAACACGCCUUAGUGAGCCAAAGUCCCUACACGAUUGGCUCAAAUCAAACCUGUUAAAUAGAGCAAAAUCGAGAAGCAACAUGGAUGCAAAGUUGGAAGGAAGGUAUCCACCGAACUUAGCUUCACAAGUAGCUCAACUUGCUCUCAAAUGCAUCCAAAAAGAGCCCAAAGUUAGGCCAUCAAUGAAGGAAGUCCUUGAAACAUUGGAAAGAAUUGAAGCAGCCAAUGAGAAACCAGCUGAUAAUAUAAAGAGGACUACAAAUUCCAGGGCAGCUCAGCUACAUGGUCAACCAGAUGGUGGUUAA